AUGGAUCCAAAGUUGUUUUCAACCAUACCUAAGCAAUGCAGAGAAAGAUCAGUUCUUGCCCAGCCAACAUUUGUUUUUGCAAAGAAGAACCAUUCUUUGAAGCGGCCUGCAGAAGACCCAGUUUGCAAAGCUGAAAAUGAUACAACUCUCACUCAGAAAAGACAAAGAUCAUCUUCCUUUACCAUCCUUCCUACCUUCCCUCCCUCACAGCCAGUAAAGAAUAACAUAUUUAUGACCUCAGCUCUUCUUCGAAGAAACCCUGGCUUGAUCAAAAGUACAAAAGAAGGAUCCUUGUCACGAAGUCAGUUGCGGAAUGUCAUUAGACCUCCCAUUUUGCAACCCCCACAAGCCCUGACCUGUCCUGAAAAUCCUCUGUUAUCUCUAGUGACUAAGAAAGAAGCACAUGUUCAGCUAUCUGAAGACAGCUUUUAUUCCUCAGCUGAGGAUUCAGUAAAUUCCAAAACAGCAGUGAAGUUAUCUACUGUCAUGAAUCUUUCUAGCUCUAAAACAACACAAAGUCACUUGUUUGAAGACAGAAGUGUACAAAACAGCAGCAUUUCUGAUUUUGUCUUUGGAGAAAACAUGGUUGACAGAGUUUUGAGUACUGAAAAGCAGCCCAAGCCAUGUAAUGAAGCUGAUUCAUACAAAGGAGAAAUAACUUCCACCAACAUCGGAUCUUUUCAUGUCAGUCCACAAACAAAAACAGCUUUGUUGAGGAAUGUAACACUAAUUGAAUCAGCAACUGCUUGUAUUUCCAAGCCAGUGGAUAAAAUUCUGUUAGAUAAAGUUGAAGUUGUAACUGGAGAAGAAGCAGAACACAAUGUAUUACAGAUCAACUGCAAGCUCUUUGUAUUUAAUAAGCUUUCUUUAACUUGGAUUGAAAGAGGCAGAGGAUCCCUGAGGCUUAAUGACACUUCUAGCAAUAAACAUGGAAUGUUGCAGUCAAGGCUAAUUAUGCGAAAUCAAGGCAGCUUGAGACUGAUUCUCAACACUCGACUCUGGGAUCAAAUGGUUGUAAAAAGAGCAAACAGAAAGAGCCUGUGCUUCACUGCAACAGACCAAGAGGAUCACUCUGUUCAAAUAUUUCUAAUUCAGGCAAGCUCAAAAGACACUGGGUACCUUUAUGCAGCAAUACAUCACCGCCUUGUGGCAUUGCGAAGCUUUGCUGAGCAAGAGCCAGAAGCUAAUCAAGUAGACGCAGACUCAGAAAUACCUUUUCAGCCAUUAAACUGUGAUAGUGAUGAUGAAGAUGAUGAAAAGCUAACUCAGCUGAGCAGCAGUAGAUCUG